AUGGACAUCGUCGACGUCCCACACCCGUCGUCACCUCUAGUAGAUGCAGCGGUGGUGGUGGUGCCACCGCCGUCGGACCUGCACCGUCACCUCGGCGGCCUCCUCGCGACCGGGGACGGCGCGGACGUGACGUUCAUGGUGGACAACAGGACUUUCGCCGCGCACAGGUGUGUGCUCAUGGCCCGGUCACCGGUGUUCCACGCCGAGCUCUCCCUCUCCACCUGCCCGACGACGACGACGACCAACGACAGCGGCGGCGCAGCCGUCGUCGUACAGAUUGAAGACAUGGAAGCGCAGGACUUCGAGGCGUUUCUCCAUUACGUGUACACCGACUCGCUGCCGCCGGAGUCGAAGGGAUCAGCGGCGGCGGCGAUGCUCCCGGACCUGGUCGCAGCGGCGAAUAGGUAUCAGAUGGAGAGGCUGAGGCUGGUUUGUGAAGAGAAGCUGUGUGAGUUUGUGGAUGUGACAACCGUGGCGGUCAUCCUGGCGUUCGCCGUCGACCACCAUUGCCUAGGGCUUAAGGAGGCGUGCCUGAGAUUCCUCGAGGAUCCAGAAAAUCUCAGAGAGGUCGUCAAGACCGACGGCUUGGAGCAUCUGAGCAAGAGCUGCCCGUCUGUUUUAAAGGACAUGAUUGCCAAGCUUGCUGCAGCCCAGUAG